CGUCGCUGUGGUAACGGCCGGGGAGCCGCCGCGCCGUUAAAGCGCCGGGCGCAGGCGCGGGGCGGGGUGCAGGCGCGGUGAGGGUUAGAUGGCGCAUUACAAGGCCGCGGACUCCAAGCGGGAGCAGUUCCGCCGGUACCUGGAGAAGUCGGGGGUGCUGGACACGCUCACCAAGGUGUUGGUAGCCUUGUAUGAAGAGCCAGAGAAACCAAAUAGUGCACUGGACUUUCUGAAGCAUCACCUGGGAGCUUCAGCUCCUGAGAAUCCAGAAAUAGAGGCACUUCGCUUGGAAGUGGCAGAGAUGAAAGAGAAAUACGACGCUGUGUUGGAAGAAAAUAAAAAACUGAAAGCCAAGCUGGCUCAGUAUGAACCACCUCAAGAUGAGAAGCAUGGUGAAUAACAGUAGUUUCUCCUUCAAUGCCUUGAUUUAAUAAAAGGCUUCCUGAGAACUGCAGUCCUUUUUUUUUUCCUCCUGGUGCAUGUGUGUAGUCUGUUACCUCAUCUUAAAGCCAUUAAAAGCACAGUAUCAUGAACAUGCAGCUGCAGCAGAACCUAUGAGCUUAAGCAUAAUGGCAAACUUUCUUGCUUCCAGUGUAUAAGCAAAGGUGAUCAUUAUCAUUAACUUGCAGAUAAGUCUGCCUGCCAGCUGUGUUUAAGUUUUGCAUGCUGGUGGUUGGUCCUAUUAAACUGCUGAUCUCUCUUGGCUUUUCUUUUAACUGGAGGUGAUGAUAUGACACAGGUGAACCCAACUAUGAACUGAAGCAGGACCUCCAAGGUAUGUUCAAAGUUGGUACUGAGGUUUGGCUUCUACUGAUGCUGUAAUCAUCUGCUCAGAAGGGUCACAAAAGAGGUGAGCAUAGUUAGGUUAAGUGGUAGACACAGCACAGUGUUGCCUACUGAACUUGUGUAAGGUGUAUUUCCAUGCAAUUCAUGUCUCUGAUCCUGUUUCAGAAACUGGGCCUUGGACAAUUGAUCCAGAUAAAUGCCUGGACACUUCUAAACAGGCUGAAGUCUUACUUAAAAUGGAUGUCCUGUGUAAUUAGUGCUGCAAAUAAUGAGUACAAUGCAAAGUUCUGCUUUCUGGUUCAUCUAAUGGGGAAGAGAAAAUCUAGGCAGGGCAGAGAACCCAAGAGUGGGAGGUGUGACCUGUACUUUCUGGUUUUUUGCCUGUGUUCUGAGGCUCCUGUUAAAUUGGCAUUAAAAAAAAAUAAAGAGCUGCA